AAGCAGUCAAGAUAAAGCACCGAGAAAAACCAGUCCGGGAUGUUGAGAAAUUUUAUGAUCACACUUUGUCUCACCUUUCUUCAAAUCAUAUUCAUCUCAGUCCCUCAUCGAACGCACAAACUGCAGGUCUAGAACCCAAGGAGCCUCCAUGGCCGGCGUCAACAUGUCAGACUUUAACUGCUCCCUCGCCGCUCUCUUCCCAAUGGACGGGGCACUUUUUAACGACGUGGCCUGCCCCGAGGUCGCGUUGGUGUGCGGGAUGAACGUCUCCUGGGUGUUGGCUGACACCGCAGCACAAGACGUGGAUGUGAUGUGUGCGAGCGAGACCGACUACCUGGCCAUGUACCUGGGGCCUUCCAGGUCCCCCGUGUUUCUGCCUGUCUGUGUCACCUACCUGACCAUCUUCAUGGUGGGUGUACUGGGCAAUUACCUGACCUGCGCUGUCGUCUUGCGCCACAGGGUGAUGCAGACGCCCACCAACUACUACCUGCUGAGCCUGGCGGCGUCGGACCUGGCGGUGCUGCUGAUGGGCAUGCCGUUGGAGAUCUACGAGUUGUGGCAGAACUACCCCUUCCUGCUCGGAGAGGGGGGCUGCUACUUUAAAACCUUCCUGUUUGAAACCGUUUGCUUCGCCUCCAUCCUCAACGUGACGGCGCUCAGCGUGGAGCGAUACAUGGCGGUGGUGCACCCCCUCAAAGUCAAACAAAUGACCACACAUGCCCACGUCAAGAGGGUCAUCCUAAUGCUGUGGGUGCUGUCCAUGCUGUGUGCUGUGCCGAACACUAGUCUGCAUGGGAUUCAGGAGUUGCCUCCAAAGUUUGGACGUCAUUUUCCCCGAUCUGCUAUCUGCCGUGUCAUUAAGCCCCUCUGGAUCUACGAGUGGAUCAUCCUGGUUACUACGUUGGCCUUCUUCCUGCUCCCCAUGCUGAUAAUCGGCAUUCUCUACCUGCUCAUUGGCUUGAGGCUGAGAAGUGAGAAGAUAAACACCAGCUUCGGACCGGAAAGACUAUCCUACCAGCAGAAACUGCGCAAACGCAACCUGCAAGUCACCAAAAUGCUGUGUGUGCUGGUGGUUGUGUUUGGCCUCUGCUGGGCUCCGUUCCACACGGACCGCUUGAUUUGGAGCCGAAUGAACCCGUCGUCCGCGCAGCACCUCCAGCUCUUUGAGGUGGUCCACGUCGUCUCUGGAGUCUGCUUCUACCUGAGCUCUGCCAUAAACCCCAUCCUCUACAACCUCAUGUCCACAAAGUUCAGAGAAAUGUACAGUCGCAGCACUUGUUGUCCUAAGAGCUGUUCCACCAACAGAUCCAACUUACACAUGAACCGACGCAGCACCUUGAGCGAGAAACUUCCCAGUAGCACAACAAGAUCGACUUAGUCUGGACCAAAGGUCCAAGAACAUCAAUUGAUGUCAAAAUUACAGUAGCCAGGAAAAUAUGGCCCAUCAAACAUUUGUUACCGUGUGUUUGUGCACCCCGUAGAAGCAGUUAACGCUACAAAAUCGUUGUGGGUUUGACUCUUUUGUUGCCUGGUUCAGCUGAUGGGUGCAGGGUCGCUCACUUGAACUGGAAAUGAAUGCACUACGACUUGU